AUGGCACUACUGCGAAGUCUGCUAAACCAGAUCGGCAAGAGAGCUGUCUUACAGGCGUGUAGAAAUGACUGCGUUCUUCCAGUUAACGCUUGCUAUCAGUUCUAUUCAACUGCAGGUAACUUGUGUCAGUAUGAAAACAUCAAGGUGGAAAAAAGGGGGGAAAAGAAGAAUGUGGUUCUCAUCCAGCUGAACAGGCCCAAAGCUCUGAAUGCUUUGUGUGGGCCUCUGAUUGCUGACAUCAAUACUGCUCUGGCUGAUGCUGAAGCGGACAAGGAUGUGGGAGCCAUUGUCAUAACUGGCAAUGAAAAAGCUUUUGCAGCUGGAGCAGAUAUCAAGGAAAUGCAACAGAUUGACACAUUUGCCGAAGUUUACAACCAGAACUUUCUCUGUCACUGGGACAACAUAACCAGAUGUCGCAAACCUGUACUAGCAGCAGUCAAUGGAUAUGCUCUGGGAGGAGGCUGUGAACUGGCCAUGAUGUGCGAUAUCAUUUACGCGGGGGAAAAAGCUCAGUUUGGGCAGCCAGAAAUUGCUUUAGGCACAAUUCCAGGCGCUGGAGGUACACAGAGACUAACUAGAGCCAUUGGCAAGUCAAAGGCAAUGGAAAUGGUUCUCACUGGAGACAGGAUAUCAGCCCAGGAAGCAGAGAAAGCAGGACUAGUCAGUAAAGUGUUUCCCCCAGACCAGCUUGUUGACCAGACAAUAAAAACUGCAGAGAAAAUCGCCGGCUUCUCCAAGACCAUAGUUGCCAUGUGUAAAGAAAGCGUCAAUAAUGGAUUUGACAUGACUUUGACACAAGGACUUCAUUUUGAAAAGAGACUUUUCCAUGCUACGUUUGGAACGCAUGACAGGAAAGAAGGCAUGACAGCAUUUGCAGAAAAACGUCAACCAGUCUUUAAGGACUCUUAA